AUGCUUUCAUCACGAGCAUCCACUAGACUCUGCGUGCCGAAACAAGCCGCCCAUUUGGCCCGGGCAGCAUCACUGCACAACAUCAGCACAACAUCCUUUGUGGGCUACUACCACCCGGCUGCCGGCCUCCGGAUCUCGGCCGUCGCAUCGCUCCAGCCCGGCAGCAGCGGCAGCCGGUCUUUCUCGACGACGCCCGCCACCCGGCUCAGAGACUUCUUCCCCGCCAAGGAGACGGAGCACAUCCGCAGGACGGCCCCAGCAUGGCCGCAUCCGGGCUACACCGAACAGCAGAUGCACGACAUCGUGCCGGACCACCGCGAACCGCGCAGUUUUGGCGACUGGGCGGCCUGGAAGUUCGUUCGCCUCGCGCGGUGGUGCAUGGAUCGGGCGACGGGGCUGGGAAAGGACCAGCAGGUCGACAAGAAGAACAUGACGACGUCCCUGGUCGCCGACAAGCCCCUGACCGAAGCACAAUGGCUGGUUCGGUUCAUAUUCCUCGAGAGUAUCGCUGGAGUCCCGGGCAUGGUAGCCGGCAUGCUGCGGCACCUCGGCAGCCUUCGCCGUAUGAAGCGCGAUAACGGUUGGAUCGAGUCUCUCCUCGAGGAGAGCUUCAACGAGAGGAUGCAUCUGUUGACAUUCAUGAAGAUGUCGGAGCCGGGCUGGUUCAUGAAGCUCAUGAUCCUCGGUGCCCAGGGCGUCUUCUUCAACGGCAUGUUCCUGUCGUACCUCAUCGCGCCUAAAAUCACCCACCGCUUCGUCGGGUACCUCGAGGAGGAGGCAGUACACACGUACACGCGCUGCCUAUACGAGAUUGACUUGGGCCUCUUGCCCAAGUGGUCCGAUCCCAACUUCACCAUCCCUGACAUCGCGGUUCAGUAUUGGAGGAUCCCCGAAGGGAAAAGGACGAUGAAGGACCUGAUCAUGUACAUUAGAGCUGACGAGGCCGUUCACCGAGGCGUCAACCAUACUCUGGGAAACCUCAACCAAAAGGAAGACCCCAACCCCUUUGUCAGCGAGUACAAAGACGGCGAGAAACCCAACGCGGCGCUGAGAUCCCAAGGGUUCGAGCGUGAAGAGGUCAUCUAA